CUCGCCAAGCCAGCAGGUCAGCCACCUGUGAUGAAGGGCACGACGGUGGUCAGUGGCGUUCGCAGGUUGAGUAUCAUCUCCGAACAGGAACUAGACAAUCUGGGUACAGAUUUUGGUUCCCAGGACUCCCUUGGCGUCAGCGUUUGGGCCGGAUCCAGUUUCUCGCUCUGUUCUGACAACAGGAAUAUGAAAAGCAGCAGUCAUGAUCCAUAUCAGCCUGACUCAGGAGAUGACUGCGCUGCUCUCUUGCUCUCCUGCCUGUACUGUCGUUUCCAUGAGUGCUUGGGUCUGCUGCCGGAGAUGUGUGAGCGGGCGGUGAGCCGCCGUUUCCCCUCCUACACAUACGCCAAGGCCUCCAGCGGGAAGGAGAAGGCCGGAGGCGACUGCAGCAGCUGCAACCUGGAGCUGGACUGCAGCUGCUGGAGCUCCUGUCAGGACACCGCCGAGCUCCUGGAGCUGGCCAUGGAGAUAUCAGAGGUCUGCUACCGCUGACAAGCAACCUCCACCUGUCUUCUGACUUGAUCAUCUCAAUGGUUGCAAACAACACCCUAUCAUAAAAGUGAUCCAAGAUAUUCAUCAUCAGUAAACUCCAGUGUCAUUUAUUUCUUCUUUUAUGCCUCCAGUGUUCAUUCACAAACA